AUGAGCUCCAAGAAAAGCUCCAAGCUCGACCUUCUCGUACGCGUUCGCUAUUCAAAUCCUCUACCUGCUCCCCCAUGUCCUCCAAAACUUCUCAAUAUCCCAACAAAUCCCAUGCGCUACGCGCGUCCCGAAUUCCUCAAUGCCCUAGCAAAUGAAACUCCCCUCCCUAUGAUUGUCGAUGCAGAAUGCGGCAUGCCUCUGGAUUUGGGAAAAUGGGAAUGCCUUUGGGAAGAGGGUGGUGAUGAUUCAAGUCUGAACCCGGAUAUACAUAAUCUGCCGAAACUUGACCCCAAAGACGCAUUCCUUCUGUCUGAUCCCUCGUCUUCAACAAACACUUACCCGACAAAUGGACCAACCACACCGAGCACGGAAAGAUUGACGUAUGGGACCCCGAUUGCCAACGUACCCUGGUUGCGUAAGACAGAAUAUAUCAGCAGAGAGAGUUCUCAGCGAUCCGCUGUUCAGGAAUCAAAACAUGUUGUGGAGGACAUAGAUAUAUCGAGAAACGCCCAGUUACGCGACAUCGAAUCCUCCUUCGUUGCAAGCAAUGAAGAUUUCUCCCUGGAAGCGUUACAACACCCCAAUAAACCUGGUGUAACAGCUAUCGAAUCAUACCCAAUUCUACCGGACGCCGACAUCUGGGCGAAUCAAUACGAUCUAUUCAGGUUCUCCGAGCGUCCUGGGGAUAGGGCCGUUGAUAUUGAGGAUCCACGCUUGGACUGUGCCAUUUUACGGCCUAUGAAAACAGAGCAUGACUCCUUCCUUGCCUUCUACCUUACAGCAAACGACGAAGCAGCUGUAUCUUUCAAAGAAACACGCUUCUCACAGGUUCCAUAUCAAGUUCCCGAAAACGAGCAGGAAACGACAUUCCAUUUCGUCAGAGAUUACGAAACAGUGAAGGUUGAACAAGAGGUCCCCAACGAAUUCCUUCUUGUAUUAUACGACGGCGACGACCCUCUAGAGGCCGAUCAUGACAGACCACUAAAAGAAAAAGGCGCCUAUUAUAAGAAUAUUGAGCGCAAGAUGCUUCUGAAGAAAAAGCGAGUGAAUGCGUACGAUCACUACGAGGACAAAUGGGAGGUCAUCAGAGUGCUACACUCACAGAUGAGCAAAGAGGAGGAAGAGGAACGAGAAGAGGCUUUGGCUGAAGUCAUGGAUCCUCUCUACUUGCUGCGGAACGAUCCAGAUGCAGAUGGCGAGGUGGAUGACGGUGCUGGUUUCCCUCUUAACGGACAGAUUGACAUCGAGGCGCACACUUAG